AUGGCAAACCUUGUUCACGAGAUGAUUCCCCGGAGCGAAGAUGAUGGAUACGCCCAGGGAAAGCGAGCAAUGGUCGUGACAGCAGUUUUGACGAGCAUUGCCGCUGUUAUCGUCGCCAUGCGAUUGUUUGCACGACUUAAGCUGAUGAAAUCUACUGGGCUCGAAGACUGGUCCAUUCUGAUAUCCCUGGUAUUCUCCAUCAUAUACCUCGCACUUGUGGCUGCCCAAUUCCAUUUCAAAAUGGGUGUUCACUCUGAUCAAAUUCCUCCCCACAUUCUGCAAGAGCAACUGAAGUGUCUAUGGGCCGCAAUUCCCAUGUACAACGCCAGUCUAGCAUUCACUAAAUUCUCCAUUCUCUUCCAAUAUCUCCGCAUCUUCCCUGCUCGCUCUUUCCGGAUUGCCUGUUAUACCGUUAUGGCUAUUGUGGCUACAUACUCGUCUUGGGCUAUUGUUAGCGGCUACGUCAACUGCGUACCCGUAGCCAAGUUCUGGAACCACGACUUGCCGGGAAGCUGUCUCAACUUCGAGGCAGUCUGGUUCUUCAACGCCUCAAUGAACAUUGCAACUGAUGUUACCCUUCUCGCUUUGCCUAUGCCAUUGCUGGUGCAACUCCAACUCCCGCGCGUUCAGAAGAUUGCUCUGAUGGGUGUCUUUGCUAUGGGUAUUCUUGUUGUUAUUACGAGUAUCCUUCGUCUCUCCAGUCUUCAAGUUGUCGCUCAGAGCACGGACACAUCUUAUAGUAACGUCGGAGCUGCAUACUGGACAGCUGCAGAAUGUAACGUCGCCAUCAUCUGCGCCUGUCUCCCCUUCCUCCGACCCAUCAUUAGCCGCAUCUUCCCCAAGCUGCUCUCUACCAACAGCCACAAUCGGUACACCACCUACGGGCGAACCGUACAAACCGCUACGAAAGACGCAACUGCCAGUCGCUCACCUCGCGUUGAGCUGUUCAGCCAAAACAUGGACAAGGACUAUGACAUGUACUCGAUCAAUGUCAAGCCCGGCGACCGCUCAAGUCACAGCUCUCUUGGUGGCAUCGAGGUUACCACUGAGAUGACGGUCUCGCAAGAGACAACCAAGCAUGAUGAUACUGCCAGUGAAAGGCACCUGGUGUCCAGCCCAGUAUGA